AUGGCCGACGCAGAUUUGAAGCAAGCGAUUCUCCGGCUGACUGAUCUCAUCGCAAACCAGCAGCAGCAGAUUGCAGCUCUCCAGCAGGGUAACGCCAAUCAAGUUGGAAGCGAGAAGAUCAUCGAGUCACUCUCAACGGGAAUCGACGAGUUUCAGUACGAUCCAGACGGCGGCAUCUUCUUCGAUUCGUGGUAUGCUCGAUACGAGGACGUGUUCAAGGAGGACGGAAAGCAUUUGGAUGACAAAGCAAAGGUCAGGCUACUUCUGCGGAAAAUCGGCACGCAAUUCCACGAACGCUACGUGAACAGUGUUUUGCCGAGUCAUCCGCGGGAUUUUUCAUUCGAAGACACCGUCAAGAAGCUGAAGAAACUUUUUGGACGCCAAAAGUCACUCUUCAACGCGCGCUACCAGUGUCUUCAAUACGUGAAAAAUGAAGUCGACGAUUUUUCGUCUUACUCAGCAUCGGUGAACAAGCACUGCGAAGCGUUCCAGAUCGAAAAGCUAUCCAGCGACCAAUUCAAGACGCUCAGGUUCGUAUGCGGUCUCCAGUCACCACGCGAUUCGGAUAUCCGGACCAGGCUGAUCGGGAAGUUGGAAGCUGAAGAAAACGCGCCGCCCGCCGACGGUGCCAACCUCAAGCUUGAAAACUUGGUUGAGGAGUGCAACCGCAUUAUCAACCUUAAGCAAGACACGCAAAUGAUCGAGAAAGGUUGUACGGACCAGUCUAAAGUCAACGCAAUCUCUCGUCAUCGUACUUCAAACGGAAAGGAGAAGAAGUCACCAAAAACACCUUGCUGGUUCUGUGGGGAUCUUCAUUAUGUCAAGGAGUGCCCCUACCAGACACACACAUGUUCAAAGUGUAAACGGAAGGACCACAAGGAAGGGUACUGCUCCUCAUCCGAGAAGAAGCCGACAAAGCAGAUCGAUAAACCCAAACCUAAGGACAUCGUCAAGUCUAAAGGUAUUGCGGUUAAGCGAGUUGAUCUGAAAGCAAAGCGGAAGUUCGUGAAAAUCGACAUCAACGGUGUACCAGCAAAGUUGCAGCUCGAUUGUGCAUCUGACAUCACCAUCAUCUCCAAACGAACUUGGACAUCGGUGGGUAAGCCUGUCAUCGAGACAACGGAUGUCGCUGCUGUGAGCGCCUCGGGUGACGGCGUAGGUGAAUUCAACGCUGAAAUCACCAUCCAAGACGUGACGAAAGUGGGCCGCAUUUUCGUUACAAGCAAUCCGGAUCUCAACGUUCUGGGAAUUGAAACGAUCGAUCAGUUCGAUCUCUGGUCGGUUCCGUUCAGUUCAUUAGUCAACUCAAUCCAACAAAACUCAAACGCAACAAUGCAGAAGCUGCAAGCAAAGUUCCCUGAAGUGUUCCAACCAACCCUCGGAUGCUGCACCAAAGCUAAGGUAACGCUCUACCCGAAGCCAGAUGCACGACCUGUGUACUGCCCCAAGCGACCGGUUGCCUACGCUGCCCUUCCGAAGGUUGAUGCUGAGCUGCAGAGACUUCAAGACAACGGCAUCAUCUCACCAGUCCAGUUUUCUGAUUGGGCUGCACCUAUCGUCGUGGUUCGUAAAUCUGAUGUCUCCGUUCGCAUUUGUGGUGACUAUUCCACAGGUCUCAACAAUGCACUAGAAUCAGAUCGCCAUCCACUGCCUCAUCCGGACGAUAUCUUCGGUGAACUCGCCGGUUGCCGUUUCUUCUCCUGUAUCGAUCUUUCGGAUGCCUAUCUCCAGGUCGAAGUUGAAGAAGCUUCUCGGAAACUGCUAACGAUAAACACACACAAAGGUCUGUUCCUGUACAACCGAUUGCCACCCGGAGUCAAAUCCGCACCAGGUGCAUUCCAGAGGAUCAUCGACAGUAUGCUAGCCGGAAUUCCUGGAGUGAAACCGUACCUGGAUGACAUUCUAAUUGCUGGAAAGACCCAAGAAGAGCACGAUCGUAGUCUGAAUGAUGUGCUCCAACGUAUUCGUGAGUAUGGAUUCCAUCUGCGCAUCGAGAAGUGCCGUUUUUCACUUCCGCAGAUCAAGUUUCUGGGUCACAUCCUCGACAAGGAUGGUCUCCGCCCGGAUCCAACCAAAACAAGAGCAAUCUCUGAGAUGUCAGCACCAACGAAUCUGUCGCAACUGCGUUCAUACCUGGGUGCGAUUAACUAUUAUGGACGGUUCGUUGGACAGAUGAAGGAACUCCGAGUGCCGCUGGACUGUCUACUGAAGAAAGACGCUGCUUGGAAGUGGACUGCCGAUUGUCAAAAGUCGUUCGAUCGGUUCAAAUCCAUUCUGGUCUCCAAUCUCUUGCUGACACACUUUGAUCCUAACAAGGAAAUGAUCGAGGAAAUGACGGGUCUGUCAAGGCUAUCGCUCAUGCUUCAAGGUCACUCACUCCUGCGGAAGAAAAUUAUGGUCAAAUUGAAAAGGAAGCGCUCGCGUUGGUGUUUGCAGUAA